AUGUUCUCCCAAAAGAAGCCAUUUUCGGCUGUCACUGUUACUGUGGAACAGCUGACGAGUGAGGCCUACGAGGAGGAUGAUCUCAGCGGGAUCCCUGACCUCGUCGAGGUUGUCAAGUUGCAGGCCACCGGGCCAGCUGAGGCCGCGCGCGCCAUCCGGAAGAAGCUCAAGUACGGCAGCGUCCACCGCCAGCUGAGAGCUCUGACCCUCCUCGAUGGCUUGAUCCAAAACGCUGGGCCGCGCUUUCAACGCGCAUUCGCCGAUGAACCGUUGCUUGAACGUCUGCGUGUCUGCGGCACUUCUGACCUGUCGGACCCUGAUGUGAAGAAGAAGUGCUCAGAGCUAUUCCGGAGCUGGGCCACCGAGUACAACAACACUCCUGGCCUGGAGCGUAUCGCCAAGCUGUACAAGGAGCUCCCGAAGCGCAAACAGGUCGUCACCCAGGAACGGUCCCGUGUCAUUCGCGAAACGGAAAACCCCUUUGGCGAGGAUGAGGACGAGCAGCCGGCGUCUCCAGAGCCAGCACAGCCCUCAUCCUCCCGGUCUCCACCGCCCAACUUCAGCACGCCCAUAACAGGGCAGGUCAACUCAUUCAGCUAUGUUUCUUCCUCAAAGGACAAGAAGAAGAAGGACAAGGACAAGAAGAAAUCCAAACACCGCAAGUUCAACCUCGAAGCUGAGAAAGACUCGAUGAAGACGGCCAUCGCAGAGGCAUCCAUCGCGGCAACGAAUCUCAUGAACUCACUGCAGAGCAUCAACCGUGAGAAAGAGCGGAUAUCCGAGAACGCAGUUGCCGUGCAGCAUUUUGAGGCGUGCAAGCAGUUGCGGCGGAGGAUCCUCAGAUACAUCCACCACGUCGAAUCCGAGCAGUGGCUCGGCUCCCUCCUGCACGCCAACGACGAGCUCGUCCAGGCCCUCAUGACCUUCGAGCAGCUAGACCGCUCCAUCGACGCCGACAGCGACUCGGACGACGAGCUGGCCGAGCAGGCCCACAUGUACCGCAUGAUGACCGAGAAGGGCAAGUCGCCCACCUCCCCCGGCAGCCCUACCAGCGCCGUGGCUGGCCUCCACAUCGACUCGCCGCCACCUCAGCCGGCCCGUCCUGCGGCGCCUCCAAGGCCAUCCGCCGUGUCGAAGCCUUCGUCUCAGCCGUCUGUCCCCGGACGGGCCCCCGCAGAGUAUGCCGACGCGUCUGAGGACGAGGACGAGGACGAGAACGACCCCUUCGCAGACCGCAACGCCCUCGCGACCCCUAAGGUGGAGCGCAGCGAGCCAACUUGGUGA